UGGAUGGAUGGAUACAUACAUUAGGAAUCACUCAUAAAUUGUUUUUUUCCCUCAAUGUGAUAUUGUCAGUGUUGGAGGAAGUACUCUGAGCUUUUACUGCACUCAAAUUAAAAGUAAAAGAACAAAAGAAUUAUGAGAAAGAAUUGUCCCAAAUGUGAAAGAAUAAUUUAUAUUAUCUUAUAGUAGUAUAACUAUUGAUGCAUUCAUGUGUUCACUGUAUAUAAUCAAUGAUAAUAUAUCGUCAUGUAUUAGUGUAUAGCGUCUAAGAACAAAGUAACUACACUCGAAAUCUAGAAACUCAUUUAUUUAAAUUUUUCCUGAUGAAAAUAAAGAACUGUACAUUUUAUUUUGAAGGGGACUGGCUGCCUGACAGCGUGGAGGGGGCGGGGCUUCCCGGCGGGUCAGUCUGGACGCAGCGGCAGGAGGAGCGGAAGCUUCUUUGUGAUUUACCGGAUAAUUAUCCCCGGUGUGUCUGCGCAAGGGUCUAAUCCGUCUGACCGGGCUCUCAGACCCGGUUUGUCCACCGGGUCUACCGAACCGGCUGAUCUGCUGCCAUGCAGUCCGGCUCCCGCAGACCGUCCGGACCCUGAUGCGGCAGAGACCGCCAGGUCACGGACAUGGAGCCGGAUCGACGUGGUGCUGACGCGGACGCGGCGGAGCAGCAGCGGCAUAAGCGCGAGCGGCUGGAGGCCACCGUGUCCGGGCUGGCGGAGCUGGAGUACGUGCGGCAGCGGCAGGAGGAGCAGGUCCGAGCCGCUCUGGAGCUCCGGGAGGAGAAGCAGGAGGAGCUUCAGCUGAGCUCGGAGGAGAAGCUUCUGCAGGAGAACAUCCUGCUGCUCAGGAAACAGCUGAACUGUCUCAGGGGGAGAGAUUCUGGACUCAUCAGUCAGCUACAGGAGCUGGACCGGCAGAUUAGUGACCUGCGGUUGGACAGCGAGGUGUCACACCAGCUGGAGACGGACAGCAGACCCAGUUCAGGGUUCUAUGACUUGAGUGACGAGGCGUCUGUCUCCCUCUCCAACUCCUCCAACUCCGUCUUCAGUGAAUGUUUCUGUUCCUUUACUGAAGCUGAUGGAGGAGUUCUGUCUGCAGACCAGCCAGCCAGCCGGCCCUCACCUCAUCCUGGUUUUCGUGCAGCUCCUCUAAUAUCCCAGAGUUCCUCCUGGCCGGCCUCCUCUUCUUCUCACGCUCAGUCCUACAAGCGGCUGGACGGGUACAUCUACGGUCUGCUGCAGCGGAGGGGCCUGCCCGUCAGGACUAGCAGACCCAGGACGAGCAUCAGCGCUGACUCAUCAAAGACCAUCCUGAGGCACGCUGGCUUCUGCACGAGACAAGUUUCUGGAUCCGGUUUGGUGACUCUGAGGGGUUCUGAGUUCCGAGGAGGAGCCUCUGCAGGAGCCGCCUCAUCCCCUCAGAGGUCUGUGGACAGUAAAUGUGAGGUACAGGUUGUUCCUGAUGGCAGCGUUGACUUCAAGAUGAGCAACAGUGACUCGGACAACAACCAGAAAAUCCAGAAAGGCUCUAACAAGGACAGUGAUCCAAAACGCGGCCUGCUGAGACAGACGAGUGCACCUCCUCCUUCUCCCUCACUAGUGUCAACAGCUUCUCUGCCUCAAGAGUUCAGGGAGCCGGACAUUCCCAAAACUAGCUCAUCCCCCAUAGACACCAAGCUGCCAUGUUGCUUGGCUGACUCAGCUCUGCUCCUCAAGAUCAGCCCGAAGCCUCCACAAGCGUUACGGGCGAAGAAGGUGGACGUGGCCGGUCAAGGUUCCUUCUCCAUGAGUCUGGACAAAGGGUGUUGCACGGUGAUCGCCGAAACCAUUGCCGCCCACCAGCAAACCAUCAAAUCCUGCAGGUGCUGGAAGAAGGUCAAGGUGAAGACUGCCAUGACACUGAGGACAGGUCGGGGUUUGGAACCCAAUGAGAGGAACGAGAGAAGAGGGGACCAGACCCACCGCCGGUCUGUUUCUAAAAAGUCCUGGCUACCGGACGAACGAGGUUCUAGAAUCCGGCAUAUUGCGUCGUCCAUGCCAGAGGCCAGAGUUCUUGGCAAACACGCCACACCGGGGGACAUCCAGGCUCUGUCGCCAGGAAACCACCAUCACCACCAAAGACGCGACCAGGUGGCGGUUGUCCCUAAAGCGAAGCACAAACGGAACGACUACCGGCGGCUGCACGCGAUUACGGCCGUACCAGACGACGAGGCAUUCAGGCGCGCCCAGCGGCAUCAACGGCGGGAGCUCUGCUUCCUCGCCGGGCAGGUGAGCGGGCCGGACCCCGAAAGCGACUCAGAAUACUCGGCUGAGUGUGCGUCUCUUUCUCACUCCACCAUCGUAGGAACCAGCAAGGACGUCGCGUGCGACUGCAACACCAGCCGCCUCAGAGACAGAGACUGCGGCAAAGCAAAACACGGCGAGGAGAGUGCCAAAAGCAGCGCCACGGAGGAGAGCGGGGGAGGCGGGGCCGCAGGCGCGGCCGGCGGGGCGGGCCGGGGGCAGGCGCGCGCUGUGACUCCGGCUCAGGCGAAGGUGUUCAUCAAGAUCAAGGCCUCUCACAACCUGAAGAAAAAGAUCCUUCGGUUCAGGUCCGGUUCUCUCAAGCUCAUGACGACCGUGUGAGGACAUCAAACUGGACCGCAACCCCAACCCUUCCCCUACCCAUCUGCCAACACGCAUUCUCAAGGACUUUCAGUUUACCUUCAUGUGAGUCACGUUCCAGCUUCUCAACGUGGACUUUUGAGGAUGUGGCUUUAAGUUCAAGUGGUUUGACUUGUGAGAAGGACACAAAUCUCUCUUCAUAUUUCCUACCAGAGAUUCCAAACUCAAAAUACAUUAGGUUUGCUCACUUUUGAAAAGACAUUUUAUGAUUAAAUGAUUAUUGCAAUCCGUUUGCAAAGAGCUUUGAAGUGUAAGUUCAACCAAUCAAAUGGCCUCCUUUACUUCCCUCUUUCUUUGAGCUGAAGGAGGAAAGAAAGAAACUAAACUAAGUAGAACUCUCUAUAUGCCUCCUUCAUACCAUUCUGUAGAAACAAUGCAUUCUGGGUAAAUAUCUUGAACCACACCCAUGUGGAAAGGAGACUUAGUUUGGAGAGACCUUUACGUUAUCACUUGUCUCCAGAGGAAGGUUUUUGGGGAGGAGAUCCAGGGGCUUCCUCUGAUGUUCCUGCGGCAUGUUGAGGGUUGAGCCACAGCCGGGAUGCUGUAAUCUCUUUUAGCUUUACUUUGUAUUUAUUAUCACCAACAAACGUCUGUAAAUGUAUUUUAUAUGGCUCAGUCCUUAUUGUUGCUAUUUGAAACUUAAUAUAUUUGCUUUGCUGCUUUUCGUAUAAAACACGUGGUGCCAGCUGAUUACACCUCUACUCCUGAAGAUCCUCUCUUUGCACCUUCUCCGGGAUAACCUGAGAUGGUGGUGCUCACAGAUCAGUGGAGAGACCUGAAAAAGCUACAAAAAGCUAGCAUGUCAAUGCUAUGGUAGCUUUUUCUAGCUAGCUGGUGUCCCAUAAGGAUGUUUUUAGCCCCGUUUAGCACAAAGACCUAAUAAAUGUAAUCUACCACACAACAACUCAAAGAAACACAUUAGAGCAGGAAGGAAUCGCAAGUGAGUAAUCAAUGACAUCAUCAACAUUAUAGCAUCCCCGACUAUCUUUUUGUGCUAAGCUAGGCUAAACAUGCUUAAAGCUGAAACAAUGAGUUAUUCCAUACACAGGGAGGUUCCUUCUGUCUGUCUGUUGUUGCAAGUCUCUGAAAAACUUUAUAUUUCUAAACUUCACACUUAGGAACCUUGAGUGGAUUUUCCGUCCAUCAAUGAUCGUAUUACUACGCUUCAAUAAAUGUGCACCUGGAGUUCGUUGUUCUGGGUUCUGUUGUCCUCUGUGGG